GACGAUGCUACUACUUUUAUACAGCGUGGUAAAUGAUGUGAAUAAUUUGUUAACACCCAUCAUUUUCAUGCAACUUCUUACGAGCGGACUAGAAAUUUGUUUAAGUGGAUACGCAAUGCUCGAUAACGGGACAAAAAUUACCGACAUACUGAAAUUUACAUCUUAUUUUAUUUCCGUGACGGUACAACUACUUUUAUGGUGCUGGCCCGGUGAAAUUCUUGUCCAAGAAAGUCAAGAAGUUGGACAGGUGGUUUAUUUCAGCGUACCAUGGUACAAUUUACCUCCCAUUUAUCGAAACCACGUUUGCCUUAUGAUAAUUAGGGCACAACAAUAUUGCAGCAUCACAGCAUUAACUUUCAAAGUGUUAUCUAUUCAAACAUUAACGGCUGUAUUCAACACAGCUAUCUCGUAUUUUACUGUGUUACAACAAAUGCAACAAAACUAAAUUCCAACGAAAACAGUCAAAUGUUCAUUUAUAGCGUAGUACCCUCGUACGACAGUGCAAAAAGUAGUCUAAAAGAAAAUGUAAAUUUCUAAGUCAUAUUGUAUCUGAUAUUCUAGAAUCGAAUGUAGAUAUUGCUCAUAGAUUGUUAUCCUUUGGAAUUUUACAGAUGCAUUUCCAUCUUCUUUCAUUGAAAUAAUUAUAAACUUUUAAUUCAUUCAUAUUCUUCUCCUGAACGUUGGCGAUCCCAAGCACAUUUUUGGAUAAAAUUUUCACUAAUUUCAAAAAUCUCAUUCACAUAAUCCUUCUGCUCGAGAAUUCUAACAACACUUGCAUUAUUUUUAUUACGUUAUAUCUCAUUUUAUUAGCGAAAUUGAAUUAAAAAUAGACUAAAAUAAUUUAAAUAUGUUAUUAUUGCUAAGAACUGUUCGUUAUUGUUUCUUUGAAGAUAAUAUCAAAAAGAACUAGAAACAAAGACAAAUUCUUCUAUACUGUUUCUUUCAACAGUCUUCUAUACUGUACUUCGACUUGGUAUAUACUAAACAUAAUUGAAGAUUCAACUAUGUUACAUAAGAAACCAUUAUAUCCAUUUAGGUAAUGCCCCCUCUACUUACAAUAUAGACUAUUCAUCAAACUACAAAUUAGAAAUAAGGGGGGCAAAAUAAAGGGAGACAUAUUGCAGAAUAACGUUAAUAUUGAAUAUACGUCGAGUGAAGGGGAAACGGAAAUAAAUCCUUAUAUUUUAACAUCUGGUCUAUAAUAUUGUCAUAAAGAAUUCUCUACCGGAAAACUUUGUCAGGACAUACGAGACACGGUUUCAUUCGUAGACACGCAUCCAAUUUCGCAUCAAGGGAAAACAUGAAAGAACUACCUAACACAUCGAUCGAUUAUUACAUACUACCGAAUAGGAUCUUCUGUAGUAUGGUUGGAAUGUGGCCUAUCGAAGAGAAAAGUUCGACGUGUAGCAAAAUAUUCGCAUAUAUCCGCUUGAUAUUGGCACUAAUAGCAAUCAAUAGCGUUUUUGUGCCCGAAAUUAUGAUGAUAGUAUCGAGUUGGGGUGAUAUAACGAUCCUAGCAGGUAAGCCUCAGUAAAAUUGACUUAUAUCUCACAUUUCUUCGAACAAACUACUAUGAUAUCUUGUGGCAGCGUGUUAAAUUAAAUUCCUCGAAUUAGGAGUAGGAUGUGUUUUAACCACGGUCGGACAACUGUUGUUCAAAAUGAUUUACCUAAUAGUGAGAAGAGAAAGAUCAUAUAGACUUUACUAUGAAAUACGAAGUUUAUGGAACAUUGCUAGCGAUUCGAAGGAA